AGCAGAAAUUGAAGAAGUUUCGGUAUUUGAUCAGAAGAUGAAAUUUUUACUAUCACAGUAACUGAAAUAUAUUGGAUUUAAAGUGAAAACAAUUUAUUAAAUUAUGUUUCAAUAUAGUGGAUGAUGUUUAAAAUAAGUAAUUUCACCAGGCAUUAUUUUACCAGAAAAACUCUGAUUGAUGUUCUUGUGCGAAAAAUAAAUAUCCCCUGUCUGCUCACUGCGCAUAAGGUGCUGUUUAAACAACAUAGGUCUUCCAAUUUUGAGCUUAUGCGAAUGGCUUCUUCCUCCGAAACUGGAGGUUCUCAGCCAACAGAGGAAAAGAAGUUUAAAAAUAAGUUAUGUUUAGAAAAAUCACCCUAUUUACUGCAACAUGCAGCAAAUCCAGUUGAAUGGUAUCCGUGGGGACAAGAAGCUUUUCAAAGAGCCUUAGAGGAAGACAAGAUGAUAUUUCUAUCUGUGGGUUAUUCCACCUGUCACUGGUGUCACGUGAUGGAGAGGGAAUCUUUCGAGAAUGAAGAGAUCGCCAAAGUAAUGAACGAAAGCUUCGUCAACAUAAAAGUGGACAGGGAAGAGAGGCCAGAUGUUGACAAAGUGUACAUGACAUUUGUUCAGUCAACUACAGGUGGCGGUGGAUGGCCCAUGAGCGUAUGGCUUACACCUGAUUUGAAACCUAUUUUGGGAGGGACAUACUUUCCACCUGAUGACCGCUAUUAUGGGCAGCCAGGUUUUAAGACAAUUGUGACACAUAUUGCUCAACAGUGGCAGGUGAACCGAGUGAAAGUGAUGGAACAGGGGAGUAGAAUUCUUGAAAUUAUAACUCAGUCUAUGAGUUUGAAGGCGUUCUCUGAGUCUGGAAAAAUGCCUCCCAGCAUGGAUUGCAUCAAAAAUUGUUUUCUUGAGCUACUUCAUACAUAUGACAAAGAAUAUGGUGGAUUUGGAAGUGCACCCAAGUUCCCUCAACCAGUCAUCUUCAACUUUCUCUUUCGGAUGUACUCAACGGAUCCGGAGUCGAAAGAUGGGAAGGAAGCUCUCGAAAUGGCAUUGCACACAUUGAAAACGAUGGCUCGUGGAGGAAUACAUGAUCACAUAGCCAAGGGUUUUCACCGGUAUUCUACUGAUCAAUUCUGGCACGUUCCCCAUUUUGAAAAGAUGUUGUAUGAUCAGGGCCAGUUGGCUGUUGCAUAUUUAGAUGCAUAUCAAAUCACGAAAGACAAAUUUUUUUCUGAUGUUGCUUCUGACAUUCUAGAAUAUGUUUCCAGAGAUCUGAGAGAUGUUAAUGGCGGAUUCUAUAGCGCUGAGGAUGCAGAUUCAUUACCAUCCGAGUCUUCCGAAAGAAAGAAGGAGGGGGCAUUCUGCGUGUGGAUAGAGUCCGAGAUUCGAGAACACCUAUCCGAAAUGGUGCCAAAUACUAAAGUGACGCUCGCUGAUGUCAUUUGUAAAUAUUUCCAUGUACUUCCAGAGGGCAAUGUUGAUCCUUAUCAGGAUCCCCAUCAUGAACUGAAAGAAAAAAAUGUUCUCAUUGUGAAAGAGGAGGAGGAAGAGUGUGCAAAGAGCUUAGAACUAGAUGUGGAUGUUUUCAGGGAGGCCUUGCUGAAGGGAAAAGAAAAACUUUUUGAAAUUCGCCAACAAAGACCCAGGCCCCACAUGGAUGACAAAUUUGUAACCUCCUGGAAUGGAUUAAUGAUCAGUGGUUUUGCAAGAGCUGCCCAAGUGCUACAAGACCCAAAGUAUGCUGAGAUUGCAAUGAAAGCUGCACAAUUUGUACACAAACACCUAUACAAUGCAGAGUCUAAUUGUUUGCUACGAAGUGCUUAUAAAGGAAGCAACUCAACUGUUGCUCAAAUCCUGAGUCCAAUUCCUGGUGUUUUGGAAGAUUAUACUUUCCUUGUGAGGGGUGUUCUGGACUUGUAUGAGGCGACAUAUGACCCAUGGUGCCUGGAGUGGGCAUCUAAGCUACAGACGACACAAGACUGCUUAUUCUGGGAUGCUCUUGAUGGUGGAUACUACAACAGUGUCUCCACAGAUACGUCCAUUGUAUUGAGGCUAAAAGAAGAUCAAGAUGGGGCAGAACCCAAUCCCAACUCUGUAGCCGCUACCAAUUUACUCCGUCUUUCUAACAUAUUUGUGGAUUUGAGCCUGCAAGAUAAAGCCGUCAAAAUAUUGUCCCUAUUCAGCCAUCGAAUGACCAUGCUGCCUAUGGCUCUUCCGGAAAUGCUCUGUGCUUUGAUGUUCUACAACUCCAAACUAAAGCAGAUUGUCAUAACAGGUACACCAGAGAGUGAGUCAACGCAAGAAUUUUUAAGGAAGAUCCACUGCCAUUACCUGCCAUUUAAAGUUCUCCUCCUGGCUAACGAGAACUCUGCCAAGCUUCUGUCAGAGAGACUGAAGUCUCUGGAACAUUUGGACCACUCCAAACUAGCUGACAGUGUUGCACUGGUCUGUGAAAGGCAGUCAUGCUCUCUGCCUCUCAUGACCCCCGAAGACUUAGAAAAAUGUUUAGUCUCUCCUCUUUCAAAAGAGGAACCUGCCAGUUAAAAAGAAAAGUCCAGUCCAUUGGAUGAUGCCAAAUUGAAUAUUUCUCACGGAAGGAAGCAUUUGUCUCAAAGGGAAGGCUCUCUCUCGAUCCCAAGAAGUGCUCUGGGAAGAUAUUUUAAAAUGAAAAGGGAGUAUUUUUCUCUACUCGAAUCCCUCCUCCCGGUGUAGCUCUCAGAUUAUACUUGUUUAUUCUAAGGUUAUUAGAUAACUCAGGCUUAGAUUAAAGUUCCAGACACACUGUUGUGUCGACAUGGUGUUAGUUACCAUAAUCGUUAGAAGUAAUUAUAUUAUGAUUGUUAUUCUCUGUUUUAUAUUUUUAUCUUGUGAAAUGUCUGUUUAAAUUUUUUAUGGUAGUGUUUCAGGUAGUACGCAAAUUCAUUUCUUCCUCAUCUGUUGUAAGCCCAUUAGGCCUAAAAACAUUAUAAUUUAUUUAGUAUCAUUAAAUAAUAUGUUGAAAAAUUAAGUCUCCUAAAGAGAAGCUUUUGUUCAUAAGAAUGAAAAAAGUCUAUUUUGCAGAUUAGUUUAUUUUCUCUAGCUUAGAUAACUUUCGAAAUGCAAUGCUUUUUUGAAAUUUGUUUUAAAAUGUAUAUCCCUUUAUAAUACUGACACAUAAUUUAGCUUCUAGGGAUUCCUAGUUCUAUUAUGGUAAAUUUUAAAAAGGAAAAUGUGUUUUAUGAAAAAUGUUUAUUUGCUAUUGAAUUAAGUAUUUUUUUUAAAAAAUUUCAUUGAAAUUGAAUUUUAUUGAAUGGGAAAUCAUUUUUCUCAGGAUGUAUUUAUUAUUUUGAAAAUGAAUAUUCUAAUGAAUGUAUAAGAUUUUGAGACACAUUCAUUACAGUAUUAGUACUCAAGGGUGAACUUUAAGGUUUAAUUUUUUUUUCAUCCUAAAAUAAAGCAUCCUAAUCCAAAAUUGAAGGCUAAUUUCCAAUCAUUAAACAUACAGAGAGAUUCGGAAUGUAAUGUUUUGUCGUUCUAUAAACAAUAAGCAAAGGAAUGGUUUUUUUUAAUUGUUUCAUUUGUUUACUGAUAGUUUAUUGUAUUGAUGCACUUUAUAGAUCUAUAUGUUAAAGAAAAAAGGUUCCAAAGAAUGCUCACUUAAAGAAUCGUUGGUUUGAACCUCAUGAAUUGUCACAUGAGAGGUUUAAUAUUGAAUCUGUUCAACCUAGUAUUUCUCAUUCUUACAGAGUAUAUUUAUUGAAGCCAAUUUCUGAUGAAGGAUAAUCACUACAGUGAUUUAUUUGUUCUUUUGACGUUAAGUAGUUUCUAUUGCUGAUAUUUUGACUAUUAUUAGUUUUUAUUAAACAGUUUUAAGUCAUUUAUUUUUUUACAAUCGUUAAAUUACAACAUUCAAAUGACUUAUAGGCAUGGUUGUUUUGUUUUCAUUUUUAGAUGUAAUUUUUUUUUUUUUAGCAUUUGUUUAAUUUUGAAUAUUUGUUGAAUACCGAGUGCUUCAAACUUUAAUAAAAUAUUAAAUGACAUUUUAUAGUUACAUUGUUUAAUGAAAAUUAUACCAGUUGAAGAAUUUCUCAACUGUGGAAGUAAAAACUUCUGAAAAUAUUAUUCUAGCUUUUUAAAUUACAGAAGCAUUUGCUAUUUUAAAGUUGUUGUAGUUAAAGGAAGCUUGAAAAAGGAAAUGGAAUUUGAUGGCACAGUUGUAGUUGAAUUCUUAUUUGCCUUUAAAAAAAUACUUAUUAUAUGCAGUAGGCAUUUGCUGUAGUUUUUAAUCUGCUUACUUUACUAUUUACAUCAUUUUCCUUAGUUUGAAUCAGCUGUUUGUGACAAAAACCUUCAAGUUUCUCUGUUCUUACCAAUGAAAAUAAACCUGUAUACUUUGCAACCAAAUGAAGAGGAAGUUGGCAGUUUUAAAUAAAUUGUAGCUUGAUCUUAUAAUUGAAAGAGUUACACAAAUACGUGCUGGAAUUAUUGUUUUAAAUCGAUUUGAUGUUUUAAACCUAAAUUAAAUUUUUUUUUAAAAACUCAUUUUUGGGUUUACAUAUUUCUCCAUCCCUCCAUAAUUGAAUAUAUCAAUUUUUUUUCAUGAACUGUCCAAAUUUUUUUACUCAAUUUUCUGAUAAAGCUUAUUUAAUAUUUCAGUUUCUCUUGAGAAGUUGUAUUUUUGUCACCCACACAAUUUUUGAAUGGUGUGUCAGUUUUUUUUUUUUUUUUUUUUUUUUUUUUUUUUUUUUUUCAAAUCAAUAAUUAGUAUUGUGCAUAAAAACAUUCCUGGUGUAUUUGAGGUCUAGUUAAUAUUGUGAUCAUGUUAAUAAAAGGAUUAUAAAAAUUCAAUAAUGCUUUGCUAGAACUUUUAUUUGAACUCGUCAUAAAUAUUUCAGAUAUUUGAAUACUUUAUCUUAAAGUCAAUUGGCGUAAUGCUCAAGUAAAUAUCAAGUAAAUCCUUCUUUCUUUUUUUUUGUAUAAUAAAUUAAAUUUAUUGACUUUUCUAAAAGAAUUAUGUAAUUUUAAAUUAUUAGAGUUUCUGCAAACUUUAAAAUAUGUAUCUUUAUUUCUUAGUGGUUUGAAUAUUUAAUUUCUCUUGGUAGUUUUUGCAUUUUAAAUAAGAUGAGGCAAUAUUGUUGGUUUGUGUGAUGUAUGUGCUGAAGUAUAUGUGCGGUGCGGCAACAGUGUGACACUUCCUAAAUGCUGCUCCAAUAAAUAUGAGCUAUAAAUUAUGAAAUUAUCUCAUAUUCUGUGUAACAACUGUCUUAAUAAUUUUCAUAGUGUCAGAAUAAAUGAAUAAGUACUUCAAAAAAAAUCAAUAUUAAUUUCAAGUUUUUUAUACUUAUAAACUUAAAACAUUAUUAAACAUUUAUAUUCAUUAUAGAAACUUAAACAUUUUGUUAUUAUAUAUUUUUAACCAAUCUAUGCAUUCGUAGGCAUUAUUUCAAAGCUUUCUUCCACAAAAAGAAGAACUCCGAAAAUAUUGUGCCAUUUGUUGAGCUUUAUAUCUAGUUUUUGUAUCUUGUUGAAACAUUGUGGUUUUAAUUUUAAAUAUAUCGUACUUCAUAUUUCACUUAUUCAUUAUAUAUACAAAAAACAUAUGUAUCAUAAAAUUUAAACGGCAAUGUUGUAAAUUCAAUUUCAAUGUUAUAUUUAUCUGAUUAUAUCUUACGUGUUGAAAGUUUUUAUAUUUUAAAAUAUAUUAUUGCUAGCAUGUUAGUUUAACAUGAUUUUUUUAGCAAAAUAUUUAUAAUCAAACUUUUUAAUCCUUUUUGUUUGAGAAUACUUCCAUUUUAAAACACAUUUUUAAAUAUGUAUUAAAACUUUUAAAUAUUUUUGAAAUAUUUCUUUCUCUAUAAUAUAUUAAAGUUAUUUCUUACAUCACAAUUGUUACAUUCUCACCAUUUUAUUAAUUAAUAAAACAGAGGCGAAAAAUAGUAAUAAAUUUAUUCACUUGAGAUAUUGAACGUCAAAUUUAUUUUUAUUCAUUGCACAAAUACUGUCGGAAGAUAAAUUAGGUAAUUGAUAUAAAUAGUUAGAAAAAGACUCUUUUAAGAAGCUAAAAUAAUGCUUGAUGUGAUGUUUUUUGUCAAUAAAUGUUGCAUUUUA